AUGGCGCGCGCCCGGCUAUCUCUCGUCCUUUACCUCGUCUGCCUCGCGCAUACCGUCCUCGCCCAGUACACGGGUUACGACUAUGGCUUUGACGUCAGGACGAGAAUGAAGCGCCAGCUUGGACAACUCCAGGCAACAGUAGUGCAAGACAAGAGCGGCGGUGACAUCUACGUGCGCCAGGAGAUCCGCCAGCUCGAGCAGGACCGCGAUGUCUGGACGCUCUACAUCCUGGGCCUCAGCAUGAUGCAGUUCACAGACCAGUCGUCGCCCACGUCGUACUAUGGGAUUGCAGGGAUACACGGGAUGCCUCACCAAACUUGGGGCGGCGUGAAACCGGUGCCCGGGAGCGAGGACACUGGGUAUUGUACCCACUCGUCCGUGCUGUUCCCAACUUGGCACCGGCCCUACAUGGCUCUGUACGAGCAAGUCUUACAGGAACUGAUUCAAACAAUUGCUGGAUUCUGGCCCGCACCGGAGAGGCAACGAUACCAAGACGCCGCCCGCAGAUUCCGGAUUCCGUACUGGGACUGGGCCGCCACUCCGCCUUCAGGAGAGAGCGUGCUUCCUCGGAGCAUCGGCGGGAGUCCGUAUGUCGAUGUCGAGGGCCCCAAUGGCCUGCAGAGGAUCGCAAAUCCUUUGUUCAGCUACACCUUCAAGCCUCUCAAUACCACAGCAUUCAACUAUCGUCCAUGGAACUACUGGACUCGAACACUCCGGAGCCCGUCGAGUGGCGGCCCGGACGCCCAGUCUAACAACUCGCAGGUCGCCAUGAACCUGGAUCAGAACCGUCCCUCAAUUGCGCAGCGGCUUUACACUCUGUUUUCGAGCUAUGACAACUAUACCACGUUCAGCAACAACGCAUGGGGCGCCCAGGCUGACUCGAUCGAGGCGCUCCACGACACCAUCCACACGCUCACGGGCGGGUUCGGUUCUAGCGUGCCAAACCCGGGGCACAUGGCGUUCAUCCAGUGGUCUGCCUUCGACCCCAUCUUCUUUCUGCAUCAUUGUAUGGUUGACCGAGUUCUGGCCAUCUGGCAGGCGCUCCACCCCGAUGCCUGGGUGACGCCAUCGCCAGCCUUGGUCAAGUCGUACACGACCCGCCAAGGCCAAAUCCAAGACGCGAACUCGCCGUUGACCCCGUUCUUCUCACACGAAAACGGCACCUUCUGGACGUCAGCCGAAGUCCGUGACCACACGAAGUUCGGAUACACGUAUCCCGAGCUGGAACGAGCCGCAGCCAGUACCGCCGACAAGACGGUGUCGCGCGUCACCGUGCAGGCUGUCAACCGCCUGUACGGCUCCUUUAGCCCCGCGAGCCUGUUCCUCAAGGAGCUGCGUGCGCAGGGCUUCAAGGGCGACCGCGAAGUGGCCACGGCUGGCAGGGGAACCGGCAGGACAACAGACCUGCUCCCGCGCUCCUUCUCCUUGACUGAGAGCAAAAUAUUUGUCGGCGACCGCUACCACGAGUGGGUUGCCAACGUCCGAGUCGGGACCCAGGCUCUGGACGGCACCUUCGUGGUUCAUUUCUUCCUGGGUGACCCGCCUAGUGAUCCGCAGGCGUGGCCGUCGGCCCCGAACCAUGUCGGCACCAUGGGCGUGUUCGCCGCUGCCCGGGAAGACAACAGAGACAAUGAAGGCCAAGGCGGACGCACGGAAAUGGGUGCACACGGACAUCAUGACCUGGCCGUGUCGGGCACGGUGCCGCUCACCGCGGCUCUGGUGAAGAAAGUCGCGGCGGGCGAGCUGGAGAGCCUCGACCCGGCCGAUGUCGAGCCGUAUCUGCGGGCGAACCUGCAGAGGAGGGUGCUGGGGCCGAAGGGAGAGAUAUGGGCAGGGGAGGAGUGCAUGCUGGACAUGGGCAUCCAGAUUGUUGACUCGCAGGUCAGGGCGCCCUAUAAUGAGGAGGAAUUGCCUGAGUGGGGCGAGGCAAAGGUGUCGUUUGAGAUGUGCUGA